AUGUCGCGUCGCGGAGUCGGCCUCGGGGCCUUUGCAAAUCGCACUCAAGCAACCCAAUCUUAUGCUACUCAUGGCGCAAACCUACGCUCUACCCAUACAGCCUCCCUUCAGACCCAGCUCUCGGUCUUCCAGUCGCUGCUCCAUACCUUUGCCCUGGAACAUAGCUCCACUAUCAAAUCCGAUCCAACCUUCCGAGCGGAAUUCGCACGCAUGUGCAAUACCAUCGGAGUUGAUCCUCUCGCCGCAAGCAACAUCAAAGGCAAGAAUGGUCGCCGUGGGCUGGGCGAGGGAGGUAGCUUCUGGACCCAGAUACUGGGAGGGGAUAUGAAUGAUUUCUACUUUGAGGUUGCCGUCCGAGUUGUGGAGCUGUGUAGAGAAACAAGGAGUGAAAAUGGCGGGCUGAUUGGUGUUGAAGAGUGCCGCAAACGAGUGGGGAAGGGCAAGGCGAUCGGGAGCGGGCUCGAGGUUUCAGAUGACGAUAUCUUACGUGCAGUCCGGUCCCUUGAGCCUCUAGGCUCUGGGUUUUCCAUUGUCAACGUGGGCAGCAAGCAAUAUAUUCGAUCCGUCCCAAAAGAGCUCAACACUGACCAAGCAACUGUCCUAGAAGCUAUCCAGGUUCUAGGAUAUGUCAGUGUCUCUAUGCUGCGAUUAAACCUCAAGUGGGAAAAGGCUCGAGCGCAAACAGUAAUCGAUGACCUGCUUGCUGACGGUUUAGUCUGGGUGGAUGCCCAGGGCCGUGAAAAGGAGUAUUGGUCACCUCAGAAUCUGCUCGAUGAUAGCGGGUGA